AUGGCUGAUCAGAGAAAACCCUUUUUCAGUGCAAAAGACGCUGAUGACUUGGGCUCCCAGAAUUCCGUUAAAAUAGAGAAAAAGCUGUUGGUGGAUGUUAACCAGCUCGCCGUCGGGCCAAUGAUCAGUGAAGGGACCUACUCCAUUGUCUACGAAGGACUAUACAAAUCCAUACCUGUGGCUAUAAAGGUGAUACAAUCAGACAUGUCAGCAGAUGUGAGCCAAGAACUCCAAGAAAAAUUUAGCAGGGAGGUUUCGAUGCUUUCUCGAGUAAAUCACGAGAAUAUUGUCAAGUUCAUUGGCGUCAGCGUAGACCCGACAUUGAUGAUCAUUACAGAGCUUAUGAAUGGUAGCACGCUACAGAAGUUCUUGUGGAGCACCCGUCCAAAUUGCCUGGACCUCAAGCUUUCCAUGUCCUUUGCGCUGCAGAUUUCUCAAGCAAUGGAGUACCUUCACCGAAACAGAAUUAUCCACCGUGAUUUAAAACCGAGCAACUUACUUCUUACAGAAGAUAAAAAGAAACUAAAAUUGGCCGACUUCGGUUUGGCUAGAGAAGAAUCUGAUGAUGAGAUGUCAACAGAGGCAGGGACUUACCGUUGGAUGGCGCCUGAGUUGUUCAAUGUAGAACCUCUUUGUUUGGGAGUAAAGAAACAUUAUGAUCACAAAGUAGAUGUGUAUAGUUUCUCUAUGGUUCUCUGGGAGCUGAUCACUAACCAAACCCCCUUUAAGGGCAGCAACAACAUAAUGGUGGCAUAUGCUGCAGCCAUGAACCGAAGGCCGAGCACGGAUAACAUCCCCCCACAGAUUGCACCCCUUUUGCAGUCCUGCUGGGCCGAAAAUCCCCAAGACCGGCCUGAAUUCCACCAGAUUUCCAAGUUCCUCGAGGAUUUCCUGCUCGGUAAAUGCGAACGGGCGAGUGAAUCACCUGGAGGACAACCGAGCUUGUUGGAGACGGAAUAUUCCAGAAGCAAACAAGAGAAUGAGGCUACAGAUUGCUUGAUGAGUAGAGUCAAGCAGACUAAGAAGCAACCUAAAAGCCUAUGGCUGAGGUUCUCCGGUCGUUUUAGACAUUGCCUUUAG